AUAAAGUAGACGAGGUUAUCCAGGGCCUGUUAGAGCUCUUUCAAGCUAAUUAUUCUAUGGAGAACAACAUUCACGUUGAUGGAGCCAGUGGUCAUAUUAUAGGGAAGUGGUCCUACAGGAUUUCCCCUCCUUUCACUUCCGUGACCGGCCAUAUCUUAAAUAAUAAUCGAUAUUUAAUAGCUAUUGCAAGGCUGUUCGGAUUCUUCCGAAAUUAUAGUUUAGAGGAGAAGGAAUACGCAAUCGCGUAUCUUUCUGCUUUGUGUCUGCUU